CACAGAUGAUUCUUAUCAGGAUCAGUUUAAGUGCCACAAUAUUCAGUGAUAUCUAAUAAAAUCAGUUAUCUUAUAGACAAAAGUGAUAAACAAGGGAAACGGCUUCGCAAUAAGCGUCUGGAGUGUAGAAAUAAUAUUGGUUAAGUACUUAUAACAACCAGAAAGUGCUCGAAUUUCCAUAUCGAGCGUCAGUGAGUCGAAAAUCGUUGUGUGACACGGAGCUGAUGUCAAGUGGCACAGUAAUUAGGUGAAACUGUCUCACGAAUCCUGUUGGCAACAAAAAUUUGCAACGAUAAAACAGUUUAGACAAGGACAGAAUCGAUUUUUAUCAUACUGAACACCUUUAAACCGCAACAUUACAUGCAGCACUUAUAAUGACAAACGAAAAUAAUCUCCAAUGCAAUGGAUCACAACAACAACCGGCGAAUCUCAAAAACGGCAUCAGCAGUGACACGUCAUAUCCCAAAAAUAAAAGUUCUAAGAAUAUUCUCAACGUCAAAUUCACUAAAGCACAGAAGAAAGCUGUCGGUAUCUCUACCAACAGCAGUCCAGUUGCGUACUUUAAAUUGUUCCGAUUUGCAACGUGGGGAGAGAUAGGUGUAACUAUUGUCGGAAUAAUAUUGGCAUCGGUUGCGUCACUCGGAUUGCCUUAUGGUGUCAUUUUGUACGGAGAGUUUACGACGCUGCUGGUAGAUCGAACCAUGAGAGUGGGAAAAUCUACCGACACCUCCAUUCUGUCAUUGUUUGGUGGAGGAGCAAUACUAGUCAACGCCAGCCUAGAGGAGAACCAAGCGGCAAUACUGGAGGAUGCUAAGGCGUACGGUUUGGGUGCAUUUACUGUAUCGGCAGUGCAGUUCCUAUCUUGUGCACUCAGUAUUGAUAUGAUCAAUCGGUCGGCUAACCGGCAAAUCAGUCGAAUUAGGAAGUUGUUUCUCAAAGCCGUCCUGCGACAAGACAUGACCUGGUACGAUUUGAACAGCGAUGACAGUUUCGCGGUUCGGAUUACGGACGAUUUAGAUAAACUUAGGGAAGGCAUUGGAGAAAAGCUUUCAAUUUUUACGUAUUUAGCAAUGUCUUUCGUCAUAUCUGGGAUAAUUUCAUUCUUUUAUGGGUGGAAACUGACUCUAGUGAUGUUGAGCUGCACACCCAUUAUUAUUCUAUCAGUUGCUGUUGUAGCUAAUAUGCAAAGUACAUUGACCGAAAAAGAAUUGAAGGCAUAUUCGUCGGCGGGUGCCGUUGCUGAAGAAGUGCUUAGUAGUAUUCGCACAGUGGUUGCUUUCGGGGGUGAACGAAAGGAAUUAGACCGAUACAAAAGUCGUCUUACAUUUGCAGAGGAAAAUGGGCGGAAAAAGGGGCUUUUCUCUGGCAUAGGGGGAGGAAUUAUGUGGUUCAUCGUGUACAGUUGUUACGCCCUUGCGUUUUGGUACGGCAUCAGUUUAAUUUUGGAAGACCGUGGAAAGGAUACGAAAGAAUACACACCGGCUGUACUGAUGAUUGUUUUAUUCGGUGUACUAGCCGGUGCCUAUAACCUCGGACUAUCAUCUCCUCAUCUAGAAGCUUUCUCUGCGGCGAAAGGGUCUGCAGCAUCCAUAUUCUCCGUUAUUGAUAGAAUACCGGCUAUAGAUUCGUUAGGUGAUUGCGGUCUACGGCCUACGACUUGUACUGGAAAUAUCAAAUUUACCGAUGUGCAAUUUCAAUAUCCAUCACGAAGCGAUGUUCAAGUAUUACAAGGUUUUGACUUGACUGUAGAGGCUGGAAAGACUGUUGCUUUGGUUGGUCCAUCAGGAUGUGGAAAGUCUACCUGUCUGCAACUAAUCCAAAGACUCUAUGAUCCCAUGGAUGGAUAUGUGACCAUUGAUGGAGUUAAGAUUAGUGAACUAAAUAUUAAUUGGCUACGCUCCUGUAUCGGAGUUGUUGGACAGGAACCAGUUCUUUUUGGCACCAGUAUAGCGGAAAAUAUCCGUUACGGUAAUCCGGCUGCAAGCCAAAGUGAUAUUGAGGCAGCUGCUAAAAUAGCAAAUUGCCAUAGUUUCAUUACUAAACUACCUGACGGUUACAAUACGGUGAUUGGAGAGCGAGGCGCUCAAGUAUCUGGUGGUCAAAAACAAAGAAUCGCUAUAGCUCGGGCCUUGGUUCGUAAUCCAAAGAUACUGCUUCUGGAUGAAGCAACCUCCGCACUUGACCCAAGCUCAGAAAAACGUGUUCAGGAUGCUCUAGAAAAGGCCAGUCGUGGUCGUACAACUCUAGUGGUGUCUCAUCGACUGUCGACAAUCACCAACGCCGAUAAGAUCGUGUUUAUUGACAAGGGUGUAGUAGCUGAGCAGGGGACGCAUGAACAGCUCAUGGCUAAACGGGGCCUGUAUUAUAACUUGGUAAUCGCCAGUGGAGACUUGCAGCAGGAUGACGAGAGAAAUGCACCUGAAGAGAAAAAACCAAAUUUGGUGAGAUUAAAGAGCACAUGUUCUAAUGAAGACGACAACUCAGAUGAUGAAGCUGAUGUUAUCAAAUCGGCAGAAGCGAUUAAAGAAGAUAAUGAAAGCGCGUAUCCGGUGUCCGUAAUGCGACUACUGAAACUAAAUGCUGCCGAAUGGCCGUAUAUCCUAUUUGGAUGUGUUGCUGCAGUAGUUGUGGGAGCUUCAUGUCCACUUUUUGCAGUUCUAUUCGGAGAAAUGUAUGGAAUCUUAUCGGUUGCCGAUCCAGAGUAUGUGAAAGCGGAAGGUAAUUUUUAUUCGAUACUUUUCUUGGUGCUAGGUGUGACCACCGGAAUUGGUACUUUCUUCCAAACUUUUCUGUUUAACAUUGCUGGUGCACGUUUGACAACACGCCUCAGGCAAAAGUCUUUUAAGGCUAUAAUCAGUCAGGAAAUGGCAUGGUUUGAUGAAUCAAAUAACGCCGUCGGGGCUCUUUGUGCGCGUCUUUCCGGUGACUGCUCUAGUGUUCAGGGUGCCACGGGAACCAGAGUUGGAUCCCUUCUGCAGUCCGGUGCUGCGAUUUGCAUUGGUAUAGGAAUUUCUUUUUAUUAUUCUUGGAACUUAACACUGGUUUCGACAAUUGCUAUUUUGAUAUCUAUUAUUGCGAUCAUGCUAGAAUCGCGUUUUGUAGAACCAAGCGCAUUGAAGGAGAAGCAGCGUCUCGAAAGUGCCAUAAAGCUAGCAUCUGAAGCCAUAUCCAAUAUUCGUACGGUAGCCAGUUUAUGUCAGGAGCCCUACAUACUCGAACGGUAUGAUAAAGAAAUCGCUAAAGUUGACAUCGCUUGCAAGAAAAAAACGAGACUUCGUGGAACGGUUUUUGCCAUCGGUCAGGUCAUGCCUUUUCUAUGUUACGGACUUUCACUAUCGUACGGUGGAAAGUUGGUAUCAGAUGGAGACGUUUUAUAUAAAGAUGUGAUAAAAGUUUCUGAAGCUCUUAUUUUUGCUGCGUGGAUGUUGAGUCAAGCGUUAGCUUAUGCGCCCAAUGUUAGCUCGGCCAUGCUCUCGGCUGGUCGUUUAAUGAAGCUUCUGGAUCGUAUCCCGAACAUAUAUAUAUCCUCGAGUUCCUCUCGUCCACUAAGUCAGAAUCUCGAAGGAAACAUUGAAUACUCUAACGUUGAGUUCCGGUAUCCUACAAGACCUACGGCUCCUAUUCUACAAGGGCUCAGUAUGCAGAUAAAAAAAGGAACUACAAUUGCCCUAGUCGGACCUUCCGGCUGUGGUAAAUCAACCUGUAUUCAAAUGUUACUUCGUUAUUAUGAUCCAGAUAACGGCAAAGUGGAUGUCGAUGGAAUCUCCACGAUAGAUUUUCAGUUAAGCCGCAUUCGGGCUCAGUUGGGUCUCGUAUCACAGGAACCAGUCUUGUUCGAUCGAACCAUAGCAGAAAACAUUGCCUACGGCGACAACAGCCGUGAUAUCCCUAUGUCGGAGAUCAUCAACGCCGCCAAAAUGGCUAACAUCCACGAGUUCAUUGUGAAUCUUCCGAAAGGCUACGAAACUAGUUUGGGCUCAAAGGGAGCCCAACUAUCCGGUGGUCAGAAGCAGCGUGUCGCCAUUGCGCGAGCGUUAAUUCGUAACCCACGCGUUCUGUUGCUAGACGAGGCAACGUCGGCUCUGGAUAAUCAGAGUGAGAAAAUCGUACAAAAUGCACUUGAUCAGGCACGUCAAGGACGAACCUGCAUCAUUAUCGCUCAUCGUUUGACAACGAUUCAAAACGCAGAUGUGAUUUGUGUAAUUCAGAAUGGUGUUAUCGUGGAAAGUGGAACUCACGAAGAGUUGAUGCUGCUUAAUAGAAUUUACGCCAAGCUGUAUACCAAGAAUUAAAGUGCCAGUUGAACUAAAUGGUGUUUU